UUUGCUGGAUUUGCACAGUUUUUAAAUUGCCUAAAAAUAUAACUUGCGUAGUUUUGAACUGAGUAAGAAAAAUUUACGCAUUUUUUAUUGCAGUUCAUUUAUUUCGCAUACAUAAACAUUUUUAAUCAAAUGGUGGCCUGCACAUAGUAACACACACACUUCUCAAAGGUCGAGCGAUUCACGGUGAAAAACAAACCGGGGUCAUCGAUAGAUCGAUGCUGUGUUGAUUUAUCUCUACCACCAGCUCUAACAAGCUCAAAUCCAAAGGUACCUCCGUUAGAACAAUGGAACUAGGGCUAGCAGAUAUACCAAUACCUUCGACAUGGCUAAUUUUGAUUGGCGUGUCAGUUCUGUGGUAUAUAUACGCAACAUGGACAUUUUCAACGUUCACGAAAUUAAACAUCCCAGGACCGAAGCCCACUGCAUAUUUUGGAAACAUGAUGCAAUUAUUUAAUAUACAGAAAGGUUUACAAAACGUCCAACAAGAGUUGAUUGAACAGUACGGAAAGGUAGUCGGAUGUUAUACUCUCCGUUCUCCAGUUAUGUUUGUGGCCGAUCCGGAUUUGAUUAAUCGCAUUCUUAUAAAAGACUUUGAUAAAUUUCAAAGCCACAAGAAAUCGUUGUUAAAAUCCGGUUUGGGAGAAGACAGCCUUUUGACUCUCCAUGGUGAUCGCUGGAAAUAUGUACGAGGUAUAUUGUCGCCAAGUUUCACAUCUGGAAAGCUGAAAAAGAUGACGCCGCUCAUGAAUGAAGGUGGCACAAACAUGUUGACAAAGUUACAAGAAAAGGUCGCCAAUGGUGAAGAUAUUGAGACAAAAGAACUAUUUGGGAAUUAUGUGAUGGAAGUCGUUGCCACAUGUUUAUUUGGACUAAAACUAGAUCCCAAUGGAAAUGAUAUCGAAAAAUUUGCCAAAUAUGCCAAAAGGGCAUUUACUACGAAUCCUGGUAGUCUGGCUAUAAUGUUAACUCUAUUUUUUCCCUGGACUGCGCAUAUAUUCAACUUCUUUAAUGUUGGACUCCUUUCCAAGGACAUAUUGGACUUUUUCAGAGAUACUGUUGAGCAAGUUCUUAAAAUGAGACAAGAAGAAGAAAGUUCAUCAAGAGUUGAUUUUGUGCAAAUCAUGCUAAAUGCACACAAAGCAAAGCCAGACGAGGACUUUGAGAAAGAUGAAUAUGCCGGAUAUAAUGUGAAAGCUGAGAAGGCUACCAAACCACUCACAAGCGAUGAAAUAAUGGCUCAGGCUUUAACAUUCUUCAUGGCUGGAUAUGAGACAACUAGUACCACAUUGUGCUAUGCAUCUUACUCUCUUGCGACUCAUCCAGAAAUUCAGACGCAACUUAUCGAAGAAGUAGAUGAUGUCACUAGAGGAGACGAUAACGUAACGCUCGAGUUCUUGAACAAAAUGCCUUAUUUAAAUAAGGUAGUCUUUGAGGUGCUCAGGCUGUACCCUCCCGCUAUAUAUGUUGAGCGACAAUGUAAUGAAACUUGUACUAUUAACGGUGUCACAUUUCCCAAAGAUGUUCAAGUUUUCCUUGCUGUUUGGACGGUCCACCGGGAACCGGAAUAUUACCCAGAUCCCGAAACAUUUGAUCCUGAAAGAUUUUCUAGUGAGGAGAUAAAAAAACGCCCUCAAUCUACGUUUUUAUCCUUUGGUGGUGGACCACGCGUAUGUAUUGGUCAGAGGUUUUCAUUGGUUGAAAUAAAGAUAGCCCUAAUCCGGAUUCUACAAAAAUAUCGCCUUGAGACUUCUGCUAAAACUGAGAUUCCACCAUCAUUAGGGAAGACAGGUAUCCUCGCACCCGUGAAUGGUGUAACUCUUAAAGCUGUGCUUCGAAGCUGAGCUGUAGCUGAUUUAACGGAUAAAAUCAUGUUUAUAUCAAACAAGAACAUUUUUAUGAAUUUUUGAUUUGUUAAUUGUUUGGAGAUGCUCGUUUCAUUUUAAAAGCAAUCUUAAAUAUAUAGCUUAUAAUUAUCUUAAUUAGCUUCCUUUUUCAUUUAUUCCAAUAACUCAGAGGUGGCGCCAGUGAAGGGGAGCACACCUCCCCCUCCGGGGUGAGCUGUCCCACCGUCGGGGAGAAAACCACAAUUCGUCGGGAAGUAUUUGUAUUUUCUACAUAUAACUCUAAAAUCGAUUAAAUAAACCCUCAAA